AUGCCGGGUCCUCGGUUAGUAUGGAGCGCAGUCACUAGCACGGCACGGCUUUCAACCGUGCUGCAAAUUCUCAUAUUUCUCCCUUUGACGCUCUCGACGCUUUCCACCCCAGCUUUUCUGCUCCUUUCUCUACUUCUCUUCAUCCACUCACUCAUACAUGGCACUCUUGUACUAUUCUGGGGCUCUCCGGCACUGUCUGUCAUGCAGGUGCCAAUGCACCCUUUCCUUCUGCUCGUCUGCUUCAAUGUAUUCUCGCAAAGCGUGCACCCGUGGCUCAUCACUGCAUCGUUGUGGUGGGGCACGCUGCUCAAAUGGUCCAGCCCUGGCUUUGUCUUGAUGGAGGGUCUUUCGAGUCUAUUGAUUGUGCAGAAGCUGGGGCAGGUUGGGAAGGAAUUGGUCGAAGAAGGAGACAGGUAUCAGUUCGGCCUUCUUGUGGCUGCUGCAGCAGCCUACGUAACGUCGGCAUGGUGGAUCGCUUACCCUGCCGCAGCGACCUCACCACUCGAGUCCACCCUGCUCGGCGUGGCUCUCACGACACUCAUCUUUCUUACCCUCAUCGGAUUCGUACUUCGACGUACCAAUGUCAUUGAGUCUUCUGGACUGGCGUUGUUCGUGGCGUACAACGUCUGGCAAUGCGGUUUCGACCAGCAGUCAUUCUCAAAUCCUGCCGCUUCAUAUGCUCCCUUACUAUCGAACAUCCUUCCCCAUUUGCAAACGCUAGUGAACUUCGUCACCAAUACCUUACCUACUCCAGUCCUCGUGGCUCUUGGUUAUCGCCUUAUUGUGCUCCAUUUUGCAUCGCAGAUUCUACCGACUAUAGGCGCGGAUAGCUGGGAGGAUGAAUGCGGUGUUGAUGGCGGGUGGGAGGAACGCCCGACGUCAAAGUUGACUCAUGUAUUACUGACGUACCGUCAAGCAAUAUUCGUCACCGUAUAUUCUCAUUUGCUCUUGCUGGAUCAUUAUUCUCAAGUUUGGUGGCGAUGGAUGAAUAUCUUCAUGACCUUGGUGAUUUGGUCGAUAGAGCUGCUUGUCAGCAGCGAAGACGAUGGCAGCGUCAUGAAGAAAUGGAAAGCUGAUUAG